UGAUAGUUUCUACGAUUUAAAGUUACUUUCUAACGAUAUUAACUUGAACACGGGCAAGAAUAUUGACGGCGAAACAAUCAGGAUUUCUGAUGUCAAAGUCGUGAAAUUCAUUAAAGAUUCUGAGUGCCAAGCACGAAUAACUAUCGCAUUCGUAAUGUAAACGUAUCGAGAUGACGAUACGUCAUGAGACGUUAACGGAGUGUGGCAGCACGAAGCCUAUUCUUUCAACUAUCGAGAGCUCGAAUCCAAUUCGAUAGUGACGUCAUGCUAAUGUAAACUAGAGAAGCAGCCAAGUGAACGAUUUGAAUGACUUGUUGAACAUAAAAAUUUCGUCUGAAAACUAAAUUAAAUUUUAAAUAUAUUUCCACCUUUGUCUACACGUUUUAUGACAUAAUAUUUAGGAAAUAAAUAUUAAUUAUGUGUAAAAAGUUCUUAAAGCGAGUUAAAAGAAAUAUAACAUGACAUUAUCUAUGAAAAAAUUAAGUACUUAGUUUCAUAAAAUUGUUUAUGAUUUCCGAACGUUGUAUUUGACAUUACCGCCGACAUUUGCCGGUUCAUUGUUUACAAAUAUUGUUUGAUUGUUACAUUUAAAACUUUAAGUAUAAAAUGAGGACAAGUCAACUCCAAUAUGAAAUAAUGGUGGAAUUCAUGGAAAGGAAUGGGGAUUUGUCUAAACCCUCGGGCGGCCCCCGGGGUCGCAGUUACAUCCAGGCCAAAUGGAAGGAGCUGACCUCAAAAUUAAACUGUGAAGGCUCGGGAGAACCUAGGUCUGAGGAAAAGUGGAGAAAAGUUUGGAGCGAUUACAAAAAUAACUGCAAAAAGAAGUGUGCGAAAAUUAGCAGGGCAGCUAGUGGCACUGGUGGUGGGCCUGCACUCCAAUUAUGUUUGACUGACCUUGAAAACAGGGUCAUGCAAAUAGUUGGAGUGCAAGCGGCUACUGGCAUGGCAGUGCAAGAAGCUGGCUUUAAUUUGGUGGAAGAUGGUGAUGGAACAGAGGCUCUAACUGCAACCAUAGUAAUUGAAGAACAAGAUAAGGAUUGGAAUAUUCCUGGGACCAGCAGCGAGCCAACUGUAUUCCCACCUUUCACCGUUCCCCACGAAGCCUGCCCUUCGCCAGUGCCUCCACCAACACCACCAACACCACCAACCACCAAUCCUCCAAUCGAGGAAGAGAGCUGGAAGCCUCCACCAGCGAAAAAGUCCAAGGCUAGUUUAAUUAAAAUGUGUGUAGAGAAUGACAGGAAUGCUAGAGAGUAUGCUAGAGAGCGUGAGAAAAGAUAUGAUAUGAUAGAACAAGAGCGUUUGGAUUUGCAACGAGAGGAGUUAAGAAUAAGAGAGAUGGAUAUACGAGAGAGGGUAAGACAGAGAGAUGCAGAGCUCUCUUUACAGGCUCAGUGGCAGGAGAUUACGAAAGAGGCACUGAAUGUUUUAAAAAAAUUUUUAGAAAAAAAGGAAGAUUAG